AUGCGCAUCCUUCAGACCAACUUGGGACCGUCAAGACGAGCACAAGACCUGCUCUACCAAACCAUUCGAGAGAGCACGGUCGCCCUAGCGGUAGUGGCUGAACCAUACAGAGUUCUGGAUGCUCCGGACUGGGCCAGAGAUACAGACAAAAUGGUAGCUGUCAGCUGGACAUCAACGCCGGGGGCGUUCGCCCACGGAAUCCGGCUGGAGCGCGGCAACGGAUACGUCCCGGAUGGGCAGCGUUCUAGGAGUUCCUGGAUGGGGUUGGCGACUGCGUCAAGCGGCACCUUCUUAGGCAGAUGCUCGUCAAAGGAGACUUCAACGCACACUCCACGGAAUGGGAAAGCCCCAGAAACACCGCGCGCGGCCGCGUGCGAGACCGCGGGACUUGGACUCCUGUUGGUGAACAGGGGCUCGGCCAACACCUGCGUGGCGUGGAAGGGGAGCUCCAUCGUUGACAUCACACGGGCCUCCCCCGAUACACUCAGGCGGAUUUCAGGCUGGAGAGUGGCCGAGGAGGUCGAGGCACUCUCGGACCACCUCUACAUAUUCACGAAGGUGAAAGACAUACUUGGACCUAGAACGGUGACCGCGGGUGAUGGUCGCGACCCGCCGAGAAAAGGACGCGCACACCCACCACCAAGGUGGAAUAUCAAGGAAAGGGACGACGAUCUGCUUCGAGCGGCCGCAAUAGUGGUUGCCUGGACAUGGUUUCCCGGGACGGCGUGGCGUUGGUGA